AUGGUCGACCCUGACACAUUCAUGAAAAACAGCCCUUUCAGCAAACGCUUCCCCACGGUCCCUGUCCAGCUGCUGUUUUCGCUGUAUUUGCAACAGACGCUUUCGUCCAACUCGAUUGGCGAAGAUUCGGACGAUUCGGAUAUCGACAGAACUAGCCACGAAAACGGUCCCCUGACGGUUUCUACGCCGACCACAGAGACCUCUGAAAGCAGAGACUUUUUUGCAUCUUCCAGCGACUACCUCAACUUGAAGGUUUUGAUUGAAAACUCCGUUUUCGACACCCUGAAGAUUUCUCCAAAGGCCAUCAUGUCCUUGGAGCGCACCAGAAAGGUUAAGGAGCUUAUCGCAGACAAGCAGGAGCUUCGGGACUACUUGCAAGACAAGAUUGCGGUCUCCUCGCAGUUCUGCUCGACCUUGAUGUUCAACGAGGAGCCAAAGCCAGACUUGGACAUCAACCUCGUGCUCAAAAUCAUGAAACAGAACCUGGACUUGCAGCAGCUGCUCCGCACGGUUUCCACUGAGCUCGAGGAGCUCCGCGGCAAGCUCAACAACCACAACUUGGCCUGUUUGGUUUUGGGUUACGUGGAGGACAUCAAGCACUCCAGCAGCUCGCAAUCCUUGCACGCCCAGCUUUCUGACAGUCCUACAAAGGGCGGAGUCGCCGCCGAUUCCGACAAGCUGUUCGACACGCUCUUUUCUCACAUUGCAUCUUUGGCGGCUCAGAACAACGUCAGCUUGCCCGAACAUCCCGAAGAGGCCGAGACCCUGAUGGACAAGAAGAUCCAGUGGGCUCAAUCGUGCAUUGACGCUGUGGUUUCUGCCAGACCACCAGCAUCGAGCCCAACUCCUCCAACCACCUCAGGAGAGCGCUCUGUGGACCAGUCCAUGGUGGUUGACGAGAACUCUGUGCUCCAGGACCACUCAUUCCUUUCGGCAUCGCCUUACAAGGGCAUUAAAGAUACAGCCUCUGAGAACAAGACGAUCUCCGAGUACAGACUUGCAUUGAACGACUUGCGUUUCUCCCACCAGUACUUCAUGAAAGAGUACGACUACUUGAAGGCCAACUCCUUGAAGACAAUCUCGGAGUACCGCAAGAAAAAUGCAGCACUUGAAAAAGAAUUGACUAGACUUCGUUCAGGCGGAAGCAGCGUCUCGCUUGACAGUUUGGCGUCUCGUGACUCAGUCGACGCCAAAGACAAGGAGAUCUCCCGUCUUCGCAAAGAGCUCAAUCUGCUCAAGAUCGACAACAUGGGAAGCAAACUGCCCAGAAACUCCGGUUUGGCUUCGCCAUCGCUUCUAUCGAGCACGAGCAACGAGGACGAUGCCCCCAACACCACACUUCCAUCUUCACCAGGAUACCCAGGCUUCCCCAAUAUGAGCAGCGGGUCUUCCAUGAGCAACGCUAUUCUCAGAAAGGAAUUCAAGAAGAUUGUGUCAGACAUCCAGGAUCAGUACGAGGUUGAGCUCGGCAAGGAGCGUCUCAAGCGUAAACAGCUCGAGGAAAAACUCAAUGUCACGACAGUGGAAGUUGUUCUCACUGGUACCAAAAGAUCCAGACCUUCAUCCGAAGAAUCCAAUGAUCUGAAUCACAUUUUGACAUCCCAGCCGUCAAGAAAGAGCUCCAGACCAAACUCACAGCCUAAAGAAGAUCCUAUGCCAAAAGAUCCUCCAAUUUCCGAUACUCAGUUUUAUCUGAACUCCUCAGCAAAACUACCCAAGCCAAAGAGCUUUCUCGAAAAGAGUUACGAGGCGAAACUACAGAAGUUUUUGCUUACAGACGAGUCUGACGAAUUUCUGGCGCUUGAGCUGGAGACGAAGGUCACCUCGUCGCUUCCACCUUCCCUGGUGGGAAGCAUGGUGAAAUCAGAGGAAGCGGCUCAGGAACCACCUGAAGAGGAAACGACCAUUGAAGCAGAGGUGGAAGAGGAAGUCACUCCGGAUUCAGUCCUCAAGCUCACGGAGAAUCCUGACUUUGUCUGUCAAUGGCUACUCAGAACCGCUGAUACUUUCAUAGAGGAAGCACACGGCUAUGUCCUUGCAGCCAAUUACAUUGAGGGUGUCAAAGUCUACUAUAAGCUUGUGAAGGCGGCAAUGAAGGCGCUACAUUUGGUGAUCUCGCGGUAUAUGGCCUGCUUGAAACCAGUAGAAGCGGCAUUGGUGUUGUAUAAGCUUGCACAGAUCUACCUUGACGAGACAGAUAACUACAAUACUGCCGAGGAACUUGCAAAAGGUUCCCUAGCUACUGCGUCAAAGAAUGGCAUUUUACUGGCCAGAGUUGCAGCAGAACUUUUGUGUGCAAAGAUUUUGAAGGCUUCUGAUGUCCACUUGGUUGGGCCCUUUCUCAACGAAAGACAGGAAAUAUACGAGAGGGAGAGCAAGAAAGAGAUCUCGACUUUAUUUGCACUUCAAAGGAUUGGAAUGGCCCCUCUUAGCGAUAUACCUUCAUUGAUUCCCGCCUUGAAUACGGCGUGGCAGUCCCUUGAUGGUCAAGUCCGCUGUCUUUGCUUGUUGUUGCUCAGCAGAAUUUAUCUAAGCCAGGGCUCUCCGAAGGAAGCAGAAAAUGCACUUCAUGAAUGCAGAGUAACGUUUUUCAAAAUGAAGCUGGUUCUCCCCCAACUUAAGGCAAUGCUCUACUUGCAAAAUCUUGCCGUGUGCACUCAAACCAACGAUUUCAAGCAUUCCAAAAAAUGGAUCAGGAAGUUGACUGAAUUUGUCAAGAAGCAGAAAGAAGAAAAAUGGGCUUCUUGGAGAAGCGAUGGAACCAUACCGAUUGAGAUUCAGUCAAACAAUGAAACUGUGACGUUUCUGUUGCAAUGGAUUGGUCCAGAUGAGUUUGUGCCUACAUUUUACCUUACUAGCGGUGUCCACUUCAUGACUGAUUCGUCUGAAUUGACAAAAGCAAGUCAAAUCUUCGAGAAAUGUCUCAGAGAUGUUGAGAAUGCAAUCACAGCACUUACUACUUACCUGGCCAAUCAAGAACAAUUUGGUGUCUCUCAUCUCACUACCAAAAUUGUUCGACUUUCUGUCAUCAAAUUUACUGUGUUGUACUAUCAAGUGUGGCUCAAGUUCAUGCUGUCGAGUGACUUCGAUGGCAUCCAGGUUAUACAUGCAUUUCUUGAAAGCUACAAUGAAAAGAACUUCACGGCAGAAGAGUUGUGGUACUACAAAUUCCUCAUCCCCCACUUAACCUACCUAUCCGCCAUCUAUCAUCAAUCACAGGGAAACUUGAAGGCAGCAAAAUAUCACUUCUUAAGAGUGAGGAGCCUAGUCACACAGAGUUGCAAUAUUCCGAUUGAAGCUUUUAAUUUACAACAUUCUCUCGGGGUUGGAUAUGAAACCUCCUCGGGCAGAGGCAAUGAGCUUUACAUCUAUUCCACCAUGCAUUUACUCAACAUAGCAGAGUACGAAUUCCGAACUUUGUCUCAAAUUAAUCAGCAUGAGCAGACGAUCAAGUCGUCUCGCUCCUUACUUGCAUCGCUACACGCGGAUAUGACUAGCAUUUUGGAAGAUCCCAACACAGCGGGAAUCACUUCUACCAACACAUUCAAGCUUACGUACAAGUCGGCGUUGGCAGCUUUUAAUAACGGCAGUAACCACCACGAUAGUGCUCUUUCGACGGAGAUCGAAAGGUUGGUCUUUUCUGACACAAUACGCAUACACAACAUGGAGCUUCUUGGGCUAUAUUUGCUUCUUCGCCUCGCGGUCAACCUUGACCAAAGCAAUCGUCUUUACGGCAAGUGCACGAGACGAAUCACAAAGGCCGAAGACAACGGCAAAAUUUUGAGCCUCUUUGUCUACUUGGAAGCUCAGCGUCGAGAAUUAGGCGACACAGCUAAAGCGGAAAAGAUCCAACGCAAAAUCGACGCCAUCAAGCACAGCGUACAGAGCAAGAUCGACGCCGCAAGGCAAUCGCUACAACCCAGAUCUUCUGAUCGUGAUAUUUAA